GGCAUUAAACCCAAGCCCUCUACUGUGCACCUGAUCUUUCAUCUUCAGAAAAAGGAGAUUAACGGGACUUUGAGAGACAGAAUCGGCAGGUUUACCCAUUGUAAAGGCAUUCUUUGAGAAAGCAAAAUAAACCAGGCACUCGUCAGAGCCUCGAGCAGUGAGCACCGAGCUGGAGCCAUGGGGACUGUGGCACUCUAUGUGCUUGUUUCUAGUGUGAUACAGAACUGCUACUUGAGGAGCAGCCAGUGCAGGGCAGAACUGGAUGGAGAAGUGAACACCUGGGAUGAGGGAGUCAGAAAUACCCCAGCCUCUGUCACCAGCCUCCUGCAGCUCAGACGGGCCGAUGCCAGAGGAGAGGGGCUCUCUGCCAAGGUCCCUCUGGUAAAAGCAAGUGAGGCAGCUCACACAAGGGGAACCAGCUCCUCACCACAUCCUGUCCCCAGCCCAGAUUCAGGAGCCUCCUUUAGUUCCUCCACCACGGGGAGGGCCCUGCCUGCAGGAGAGGUUUCUGCCCUGGCGUUGCCCUUGGAACAGGAAGGUGAAGGAAGUGGCACUGCAGCCCCAGGGAGCGCUGCCCAGGGGCCACCUGGAGCUAUCGAGCAUCCCUCAGGAAUCUGGGGCAAGGAAAUCCCCGCUCGCAACAGGAGCAAAGCGUAUUCUCUGCCUGCUGGGAACGCUACAGGGAUGGUACGAUUGUCCACCCACAGGAAACAGGACAAUGCCACCCAGCCUCCAGUCACCACAGCAAGGCAGAAAUCUCCACCUGCUUCCAACUGGCUCCCCGUCCUGGAGAAGCAUGACAUCCCGGUGGUUGUGGGAGUCUCCGUGUCUCUGGCUUUGAUAUUCAUUUCCAUGGGGGUGUAUUCGUUCCGCCAGAAAAUAGAGCACGCCAAAGGCAAUAGUACCUCUUCUCAAAAAUCCUCUAAUUCUCGGAGAAGGAGAAAUUACUUGGAAGCAGACGAGGCGUAUGAGAACCGGGCUUUCGAAGUUGAAUGCACUGUCGACGCUGUUGAGCAGAAUCUGUACGACACCAGCCUGCUGCACUCCGACCCCACGCUCCCUGCAGAGGUGGUUGGGCACCAAGAGGAACCCCUGAGUGUUGCUGCUGGCGAGGCUCUGCAGAUGGCACAGGCCAGGGCAGUGGACUCCCCAGUGUCCCUGGAGCGUGAGUCUGCUCAUCAGGAGAAACACCCAAGCCCUCGCAAAGCUGCACCCUCUUCUGUGCCCACGCAGUUGGCGAGUGCUGGGCCCAGGGAGCCUGGUGCCAGGGCCCCUGGCAUGUGCUCUGCCACCUCUCCGGCUCUCCAGCACAUUGGCACCACACUGUAUUUCCACGGGCCUGAGCCGCUGCUCCGGAGCAUCGUACCGCUCGGGAGGAACGCCAGUGGGAAUCAUGGCCGAGUUACUGCAGCCCCUGUGGUGGGGAUGGUGGAGCAUUCCCCUCCCAGAGAUGAGUCCAGCUCUGGAAGAGCCAUGAUGUCUGUUACAGUGGAAAUACACCUGUACCCUUGCAGCCCAGAGAUGUCCUCAGCCCCAGCAGCCAUGCAGAAUGUCUCCGAGUCGGCUCAUCCAGGGGCAGCAGGGGCAGCGUCCCAGCAGCCGGCGUCGCUGGGCGCCCGGGGCCCAGGAGUUUUUUGUGACUGGAUUAAAACUGACCCAGUGAAGUCUUGAAAAGGACAAAAUAACUCUUCUCUGGCAGAGGGAGGCCAGGAGCAGCCGCGUGCCCUGAUGAUUGGUGCUCUGAAGUGGGUUAGAAUAUUCUACUAUGUAUAUGGAUGUUUGUUCUUACCAUGGUCCUGUGGCACCUUUAAGACUAACAGAAGUAUUGGGAGCAUAA